UUUGGAAGCAAGUCAAGAAACCGCAUAAAUAAGAUCAAAACAUCUUCCAAAUAUAGGAUGUUUUAUCUUACAUAUAUUCUUACUUAAAUAGCUAGGACGUACUAAACAUUAUAUUUUUACUUUUAAUAUUAUCUAAUCUAUCUAAAAAACUUAUAAGACUCAAUCAAGGUUUGGGUACUUUGGGUAUUAAAAAAUGUUGGUGAAACCCUGUGUUAAUUAUACUUGUGCGUCAAGCUUUAAGGCUUGUGCUAUUAAGUAAUAUCUUGUAACCGCAGUUUCCCCUGUUAACGUUUAGCCCCUCAUAGAUCUACUGCGCUCGGUAUAUUCCUUCACGACUGCGGAAUUCUUCAACAUAGUAAUGAAAACAGAGGUGGAUGAACAGUAGGUCGAGACAACCGAGAGCCGGAGGCCGACCAAUAAUCGAUGGAGGGACUGAAACAGUGGCUGGCUUCCAGGCGAGCGAAUGUUUCCAAUAGGGAGGGCUUUCUGCUCAGCUGGCCAGGCGCGGCUGUCUUCCGCGCAACACCAAAGAUUCUCAAUCAGGAUAGAAAUUCCAAGACGGCGUCACCUCAGGUGGUCAACUCGUGCUCGAGGCCAGCUCCGCUACUCUGGAUUCCAGCCUCUGAACCAGCAUCUUUGGAGUUUUCAGCCACAUGGGAUAAAUCUGGCAGCGCUCGUCGGGAAUGGAGAAAUCUGGCCAGCGCUUUCACUUACCUUUCUUUAUUCAAUUACACAAUAUAUUGAGGUGAAAUUUCUUUGCAAUAUACUGUGAAUCUGUGAUUGUAUUUUAGUGUUGUAGUUUUGCUGUUAGUGACUUAGUGGAAUUUGAUAAACUCAAUUCUAUAGUAACCAAAAAAAUUAGUUGACUGUGGGAGUUUAAGUGUUAAAGUUUUAUCGCAGAGCCUAUUUCCUGAUUACAGUUUUAUGUUAUUGUAUUUCAAAACUUACAUUUCAACGCAAUUACGAUAAUAAAUGAUCCCUUCGGUAGGUUUUUACACACCCAUAGUGUACCCUUAAAAGUUUUCUGGAUUUAAACUUUAGUAGUGCUUAGCCAAACUUGGAGCUUUAUUUGAAAAUGAAAAGCUAAAUGAGGGGCACAAAGCACUAAUUUAUUAAAAUAAAAAGAUAAACAACCAGUGUCCAGCUAGGUAGUUUGAGUUUUAGGUUCUUUGGUUGCCAUAGACAAUAGAACUCUAUGUUUGAAAAUAGUAAUAUUAUUUCAGAUGAUACCUUAUCGCUAAUUGAAUAGAG